AUGAUCCCUCUGCGGCCUUCCCUCCUACGGAGGCCUCGAGAGGCGCUUCUAUGCUCACGUCUGAUAAAGUCUACCCCCUCACCAACUAUUCGGGGAUUCCUUUCAUCUGCAAACCGGCAGACCGGCAUCGCGGAUGAGUCCCCUUCGGUAUUUCACAAGUCAUAUUUCUCAGCCAAUCGAUUAUAUGAAGGCCCUGGCGCUAAAGGAAGCUUUGUAUCCUCGCUUGCGCCGUCAGAUGCGAGCAAGAACUUCGAUUUCAAGUCUCAGUCUCCUACCGAUCCCCCCGCAAGUCAAACCGACGGGUCCACAACAAUUGGGACAGAAGCAAGCCCCGAGUUACCGCACCGCAGACGCAAGCGCCUGAGAGAGGCGGGACAUAGUAAUGGACAGCCAGAGCCCAGCAUCCCGCUGGAUGCGUCCGCGCAGCUGUCGAACUUCUCUUCCGCACUCCCCACCACCUCCCUCCGUCGCAAGUUCGCGGCCUACCUCGCCCUGACGAAACCUCGUUUAUCCUUCCUGAUCCUCCUCACCACGACCUCCGCGUACGGAAUGUACCCGAUCUCAUCCUUGCUCACACUCGAUCCGGCCAUGACCCCGCUUCCUACCCUCUCAACAUCGACUUUGACCUUCAUUUAUCUCACCGCGGGCACAUUCCUGUCAUGCUGCAGCGCCAACACGCUGAACAUGAUGUUCGAACCGAAGUACGAUGCGCUGAUGUCCCGCACCCGUAAUCGUCCGCUCGUUCGUGGCCUCGUUUCGCGCCGGGGUGCUCUGCUUUUCGCUAUCGGAACUGCUGUGACUGGACUGUCGCUUCUCUAUGUCGGCACGAACCCAACAACAACGGCCUUGUCCGCCGCCAACAUCUUCCUCUACGCUUUCGUUUACACCCCACUCAAGCGGAUCCACGUUGUGAACACCUGGGUCGGCGCUAUCGUCGGUGGUAUCCCGCCCCUGAUGGGAUGGGUUGCGGCAGCAGGCCAGACCGCUACACUUGGUCACGAUAGCUGGCGCGAUAUGCUGUUCAGCGAAGGCAGUAUUGGUGGGUGGCUACUCGGUGGAAUCCUGUUUGCUUGGCAAUUCCCCCACUUCAACGCUCUCUCACACCUUAUUCGCGAUGAGUACAAGGCCGCCGGAUACCGGAUGAUGGCUUGGGUGAACCCUGCUCGCAAUGCGCGGGUUUCGCUUCGCUACUCUCUUCUGAUGUUCCCCAUCUCCAUUGGUCUGUGGUGGUACGAUGUUGUUGGCGCUGGCUUCCUCGUUCCUAGCACUUUCGCCAACGGCUGGCUAGUGCGCGAGGCUUACCGCUUCUGGCAGCACCAAGGUGCGAACGGAACCGCACGUGGCCUUUUCUGGGCGAGUAUCUGGCAGUUGCCCAUUCUUCUUGUUGGUGGCCUUGUCACCAAGAAGGGUCUUUGGGAUGGUGUCUGGAGGAGUAUCUUCGGACACCCUGACGAGGAUGAUGAUGAAUACUUGUACUAUGAGGACGAAGAAGAGUUCGAGGCGGAGAAGUCCAGACCUUAUGCCUCUUCGUCGUCCCGCUCAUCGUCGACUCGGACAAGUUCUUUGUCCACUACUUGA